GUGUACUAAACGACAGUGGAAAAGUCCUACGACAGUGGAGAGCACUGUAGCUUGAACCAACAAGAAGAUUUAUCAAAGGCAUAGAGAAGGAAGAAGAAAUCAGACGGAAUCUUCUGAAUUCGAUUUGUGACUCGAAAGGCUCCGAUUAGUGAAAAUCAUCCGAUCAUUACACUGCCACUCGGCUUGUUGCUUAACUACUCGAUUAGAUAACCGCUCUUAAAUAUAUAUUUUUUAUUAUUCGAUCAAAACAAAACUCAAAAUCUUUUUCUUCAAUGACAAUAAGAUUUUUGUAAUUCAGAGUUAAAUAAUCUACAAAAUUGAAAAUUUUAAAAGGAAAUAUAACUAAAUAUAUACAGAAUUGAUUGUUUAAUCAGGUAGUGACAAAUCAUUAGUCAUUACUUGUUACUCCGUAAUGUCCACUGUUCCUGAAAACACCUGGAAACUUCAAAUGGCCUCUCUAAACCAAUAUGAACGCAGAUGAGUCUAACUUUGUCAAAAAGUUUUAGGCCAGAAACAAUAAAUAAUACUAAUAUAAGAAGAAGAAAAUUACUUGAAAUUCCUCCAUAAACACGAGUCAGGGAAGUCUUCACUGCCGUUAUUUAUUCUUCUCCUCCUCGCUGUUGCUAUUUAUUACAUGUUUACUCGAUGUACGGCCAAGACGAGGUUAACCGAAGUUAAUAAAACGCAAAGUGUUUGCUUUUGCGGUCACUGGUCACUGGUCAAGAAUCGAGCUGCUUUUGUGUUCUUCUUUUUUUUAUAUAAAAAAAAAAAAAAAAAAUUCUUUCUCAACCAAAGCAAGAAGCUUCCUUGUAAUAGAAUUUAUUUAGCCAUCUUUCAACAAUUUCCAUUUCUUUCCUAAAAAAUCUUGGACAGUGCAAACAUUAUUCUUUAUCUUCUUCUCUCCAGUCCAACCAAAGGAUGAAAUUGUUAUACCUUCUAGAGUUUAAUUUCAACAAAGUGAAAGAGAAAAGUUGAAACAUUUGUAACAAGUCCGACCACCCAAAAAUUUUUAGAGAUUGAAAAUCUUGUUUUCUCUAAAAGAAACCCAUGAUAUAUUAGUAUUUUCCAAAUAAAACCUUUUCUUUGUUUUGAUUCCUCAGUGAUAGUUUUGCAAGAUUCAGAUCGAAAUUGGGUGGAAAAUCUUUUCUUUCCUUUGAUUCUUUUUAUUUGGGGGUUGAAGAAAUGGGUUCCCUUUUCGCAUCAGCAGCAGCAGGAGCUGGUUUAGAGUUAGCUUUUGGAAGUCUUUUGAGAAUUAUUCUAGAGGUAAGAAGAAAAAAUGUUAUGUUUGCUUCUACCUUGCAAAUCUUGAUAGAUACAAUGGAGGCUAUAAGACCGAGCAUCAAGAGGAUAGAUUCAUUCAACACAGAUUUUGAUAGGCCUGACGAGAUUAAAGGGUUAAGGGAUUUGAUUAGGAAAGGUGAGGAUUUAGUUAUUAAAUGCUCAAAAGUCCAUAAGUACAAUUAUGUCAAGAAGCCUUAUUAUACCAAGAAACUUAUCAAGCUUGAUGAGUCUAUUCGUAGGUAUAUUAGUACUAUUUUGCCACUAUAUCAAACAUCAGAUAUUAAAGAGACUUUGUAUGAAAUGAGAGUUCUGAGUACUCAGAUUAGGAACUUAAGUAUUGGAGCAUCAAGUAGUGGUGGUGGUGCAUCCAGUAAGAGUAGUGGUAUUAUGGGUGUGUGCUCACCUCCUGGACUCAAGGUUGUUCCCGUUGGGUUAGAUAUUCCUAUGAAGGAUUUAAGAGAAAAAUUGCUGAAGGUUGAUGAGCUAUCAAAAGUGAUUGUGGUAUCAGCUCCUGGAGGAUGUGGAAAGACUACAUUGGCUAUAUCACUUUGUCAUGAUCCUAAUAUCAAUGUCAAAUACAAGGGCAAUAUCUUCUUUGUUACUGUCUCAAAAUCACCCAACCUACUGGUUAUUGUGCAGAGAUUAUUCCAGCAUUUGGAUUCCAUGGUGCCUGAUUUUCUAAGUGAAGAAGAUGCAGUUUACCAAUUGGAAAAUUUGUUUAGGUCCAUAGCACCAGAUCCUAUACUGCUGGUCCUCGAUGAUGUUUGGGCUGGAGCAGAAUCUCUUGUUGAGAACCUCAAGUUCCCAAUAAAAGAUUACAAGAUUUUGGUGACAUCAAGAUUUGAAUUGUCGCGAUUUGGUUCCAGUUAUAGAUUGCAAACACUAAAUGAUACAGAUGCCACAACUCUCUUUUGUCACCUAGCAUUCCUGCCAGAUGGAAACAUGUACAGACCAGAUCAAGAUAUUGUGAAUAAGAUAGUGGAAGUCUGUAAGGGAUUCCCACUAGCCAUUUCAGUGGUUGGCAAAUCACUAUGUGGGAAGUCUGCGGCAGAGUGGAGCAAGAGAAUCAAGGAAUGUUCUAAAGCUGCUUCUAUUCUUGCUAACUGCGAACUGCUUAAUUGUCUACAAAGCAGUGUUGAUGCCUUGAAUGAUAAUGCUGCAGCCAAGGAGUGUUACAAGGACCUAGGUUCCUUUCCUGAAGACCAAAAGAUUCCUGCGACCACACUUAUAGACAUGUGGAUGGAAUUGCAUAAUCUUGAUGAAGACAACGCCAUUGCUAACCUCUAUGAACUCUCCGAUCGGAAUCUGGUUGAUCUUGUAGUUACAAGCAGGAAAGAUGCAAGUGAAGAUUAUGGCUCUGUCAAUGUGCUGCAGCAUGAUUUGCUAAGAGAGUUGGCUAUCAUUCAAAGCAACUCAUUGAGCAUUGAACGAAGAAAAAGGCUAUUUGUAGACAUAAGUGGAAAUAAAAUUCCAGAAUGGUGGGUGGAACCAAGGCAACUAUUUAUCAGGGCCAGCCUCUUAUCUAUCUGCACAGAUGAAAUGUUCUCAUCAAGUUGGUGCAGCAUGGAAGCACCUGAAGUCAAGGUUCUAGUUCUAAAUUUCCAGUCCAAGAACUACACCUUACCCUUCUUCAUGAGUGGAAUGGAGAAGCUAAAGGUUUUAGUAGUUGCAAAUUAUGGUUUCUCUCCUGCUGAGUUGAGCAAUUUCCAGCUUCUUGGUUCUUUAUUCAAUCUGAAGAGAAUCAGAUUAGAAAAGAUUUCAAUUCCAUCAUUUUUCUUGACAUCCGUACAAUUGGAGAAGCUAGAAAAGAUAUCUUUGGUUAUGUGUAAUAUUGGCCAAGCUUUUUGUAACUCUGCUAUCUGGAUGCCUAAUUUGAUGGAGAUCAACAUCGACUACUGCAAUGAUUUGGUGGAACUACCUGAUGGGUUGUGCGAUCUUAUCCGCCUAAAAAGGCUCAGUAUCACCAAUUGUCACAAACUGUCUGCACUACCAGAAGAAAUUGGAAAGCUGGUGAAUUUGGAGCUGCUGAGACUUAAUUCUUGCAUUGAAUUGUUAGAGUUGCCAGAAUCAAUUGGGGAACUCCAUAAUUUGAGCAUUCUUGACAUAUCUGACUGCUUAAGCAUAACAAAAUUGCCAGAACAGAUCAGUGAGUUGAGUAAUUUAAGAAAGCUCUACAUGAUUGACUGCUCAAGUUGUGAACUUCCAUUGUCAGUAAUGAACCUUGUCCACCUAAAGGAAGUGAUAGGUGAUGAAGAAACAGCCAAUUCAUGGAAAGAUUUCUCCUCUUUCCUGCCGAAUCUGGUAAUUAAGGUGCAUAAAGAUAUCAACUUGAACUGGCUUCGCUCAAAUCCACAUAAAGCAAAAGCAAGAGUCAAGUGCGAAGUUGCCCAAACAAUACGCAUCGACUCAGGACAUGGCAGGCUAACAAUUCCUGCUCUUUUCAUAUGGACACCUUCCAAUUCUCAUUUAUGGAACUUGUCACUUCCUUUCACAGGAGUAGAAUCAGUUAUGGCAGCUGACUUAGUUGGCGGGGCUGUCCUUGGCGCAAUACUUGGAGAGCUUCUAGAAGCAGUUCUGAGAGCUAAAAACAGAACCUUCAUGUUCAAGUCAAUACUAAAACGCAUGGAAUGCACGCUUGAAACCGUUACUCCAAUCGUUAAGGAGAUCGAAGAGCUGAACAAGGUAUUGGAUCGGAGAAAUGAAGAAAUGGGAAUAAUAAUGAAAGAAAUCAGGAAAGGCAAGAAGCUGGUUCUUGAAUGCUCAGGAAUGCAAUGGUAUUAUGCAUGUUGGAGAACACCUAAGUACGCAGGUAAGCUUAUCAAGUUAGAAAAAUCACUCAAGUUGUUCUUCCAAAUUGUUAUGCAAGCUCAACGAGCAAGAGAUGGUAAAGAAGCGUUAUUGGAGAUGAAAGAUCUUCGCAUGGAUUUAAAACGCUUAGGUUUGAAUGCAAAUAAUAAAAGGGCGCAUAGUGUGAAUGGAUAUAGUCCUCCAUUGGUGAUUCCUGAGCCACCGACAAAUCCUGUAGGACUAAAGGUUCCAUUAGAGGAAUUGAAAAUGGAGCUGUUUAAUGACGGGGCGUCCAUUGUUGUAUUGUCUGCUCCUCCAGGUUGCGGAAAGACCACAUUGGCUAAACUACUUUGUCAUGAUGAACAAGUUAAAGAGAAAUUUAGGGAUAAUAUAUUCUUUGUGAUUGUGUCAAGAAAGCCAACCAUGGAGGACAUUGUACAGAAACUAUUUCAGCACAAGGAUUAUGAGAUGCCUUGGUUUCAAAAUGACGAGCAUAUAGUUUACCACUUAGAACAAUUUUUGAAGAGACUAGCACCAGAUCCUAUAUUGUUAGUACUGGAUGAUAUUUGGCAUGAUUCAGAAUCUCUCCUUGACAAAUUCAAGUUCCAAAUCCCAAAUUACAAGAUUUUGGUGACAUCAAGAUCUGCAUUUCCAAGAUUUGGUUCUAAUUCUACAUAUAAGCUGAAGCCACUGAAUGAUAAAGAUGCCACGACUCUUUUCCGCAAUUCAGCUUCCCUUCCUGAAAAGUUAUGUGACAUUGAUGAAGAUGUUGUCGACAAGAUAGUGAAAGGGUGUAAGGGUAUUCCACUAGCCCUUAAAGUGGUAGGUAGAUCACUCUGUGGAGAACCUGAAGAAAUUUGGAAAAGAAGAGAAAUGGAACUGUCAAAAGGCAAUACUAUUUUUGAAUACAGUGAUAUACUCAAUUGUCUCCAGAGCAGUUUGGAUGCCCUGGACAGUUCGAUUAUAAUCAAGGAAUGUUAUAUGGACCUGUGUGCAUUUCCUGAAGACCAAAGAAUUCCUGUCACUGCCCUCAUUGAUACGUGGGCAGAAUUGUAUGAACUAGAUGAAGAUGGUGUAUAUGCUGUCGCCAACCUUUAUGAGCUCUCCACUCGGAAUCUGAUUGAUCUCGUAGUCACAAGGAAAGAUAGAAAUGGCAGCUAUAAUCAGCACUUCGUUAUCCAGCAUGAUCUUCUCAGAGAGCUAGCCAUCCGCCAGAACAGCUUUGAAUCCUUUGAGCAGACAAAAAGACUAGUUCUGGAUACAAGUGCCGGUGAUGCUUCCAACUGGUGGAUGGGGCAAAAGCAGCCUAGCAUAGUUUGCCGCCUCUUGUCUAUCUCCACAGAUGAGAAAUUUGCUUCAAUUUGGUGCAGCAUACAAGCACCUGAAGCUGAGGUUUUGGUUCUAAACACUCGUACAAAGAAUUACAGAUUACCUGCGUUCUUGGAGAAAAUGAAGAAAUUAAAAGUUCUGGUCCUCACAAACUACAGUUUCUUCCCUACUUCAAUAGGAAAUUUCCCAGUUCUUGGUGCUGUAUCCAAUUUGAAGAGGAUCAGAUUGGAGAAGAUUUCAAUUCCUUCCUAUGGCUUCACCUCUAUAGAGUUCAAGAAUCUACAGAAGAUAACAUGUGAAGCUUUUAGUAGUACAUCUGCCAUCAAGGUUUCAGAAGCAUUGCCAAACUUGGUGGAAUUAAACAUCGACUACUGCAACGAUUUCACAGAGUUGCCCGUUGGCCUGUGUCAACUUAUCCAGCUAAAGAAAUUCAGUGUCACCAAUUGUCACAAGUUGGCUACAUUGCCUAAAGAAAUUGGCAAGUUGAUUAAUUUGGAGGUUGUAAGACUUAGUUCCUGUAUCGAGCUGUUAGGGUUACCAAACACGAUAGAAAGCCUCCAGAAGCUGAGCACUCUUGAUAUAUCAGAGUGCUCAGAGAUCAGGAAAUUGCCAGGCCAGAUUGGCGAUCUGCAUAAUCUAAGAAAACUCCAUAUGAUGGGUUGCUCAAACGAUAUUGAGUUGCCGCCAUCAUUGUUGAAUCUUGAGCAUCUUAAGGAAGUGAUAUGCGACGAAGAAAUAGCCAGCUUAUGGGAACCAUUUGCAGAGCAUCUCAAGAAGUUAAAAAUUAAGGUGCAUAAAGAAGAUAUCAACUUAAACUGGCUCUGCAAUUGAGGUUUUUGAGCUGCUUUCAUCUCAAAUAUAGCUAAGCAGGCAGUUUCCAACCCUGUUACAGCGUCCCUUUUCUAAUGAUAGUUUCUGCUUGAAGUUUUUGUGAUGGCAUUAUGUUGCACUAUUUCAAUUUUCAGAACAAGACAUGGUAAAAUAAAAUUACCGCAGAACUGACAGACAUCGACCUUUGAUCUUUUA